GAUGCUGUGGAGAAGUUGCGGGAGACGCUUAUGGCUGAUGACGCCUUCCUAGAGAGUAUAGCUGCCUCUAGUGAGGAGAGCUUACCUGUACUGGAGGAGGAGGAGGAGUAUGUGGAUGUGGUAGAGCAGGAGCAGGGGAGCUCAUCGUGGGAGAGGGUAGAAGAGGAUGAUGAUAGCGAGGUUGAAUUGGAGGUGUUGGGGAAGAAGGGAAAUGCUGUUGAUGGGGACGAGGAGGAAUCAAGUGAUGAUGAUGAAGAUGAUGAUGAUGAUGAUGAUGAUGAUGAUGAUGAUGAUAAUGAUGAUGAUAGUGAGGUUGAAUUGGAGGUCUUUGGGAGGAAGAAGGAUGUUUCGG